UUUCAGAUCUCAGACCUUUGAGGUGGCGUUGCCAAGCACUGGGGACAGAAGAUGAGUGAACUUGACCAGCUGCGGCAGGAGGCCGAGCAACUCAAAAACCAAAUUCGAGAUGCUAGAAAGGCGUGUGCAGAUGCAACUCUCUCUCAGAUCACAAACAACAUCGACCCAGUGGGAAGAAUCCAGAUGCGCACCAGGAGAACCCUGAGGGGACACCUGGCCAAGAUCUAUGCCAUGCACUGGGGCACGGACUCCAGGCUCCUGGUGAGCGCCUCGCAGGAUGGCAAGCUGAUCAUCUGGGACAGCUACACCACCAACAAGGUCCACGCCAUUCCCCUGCGCUCCUCCUGGGUCAUGACCUGCGCCUACGCCCCUUCCGGGAACUACGUGGCCUGCGGGGGCCUGGACAACAUUUGCUCCAUUUACAACCUGAAAACUCGUGAGGGGAACGUGCGCGUGAGCCGCGAGCUGGCCGGACACACAGGUUACUUGUCCUGCUGCCGCUUCCUGGAUGACAAUCAGAUCGUCACCAGCUCCGGGGACACCACCUGUGCUCUGUGGGACAUAGAGACUGGCCAGCAGACCACAACCUUCACCGGGCACACUGGCGACGUCAUGAGCCUCUCUCUCGCUCCCGACACCAGAUUAUUUGUCUCUGGUGCUUGUGACGCUUCGGCCAAACUCUGGGAUGUGCGGGAAGGCAUGUGCCGGCAGACAUUCACCGGCCACGAGUCCGACAUCAACGCCAUCUGUUUCUUUCCAAAUGGCAAUGCAUUUGCCACCGGCUCAGACGAUGCCACCUGCAGGCUGUUUGACCUCCGUGCAGAUCAGGAGCUCAUGACGUACUCCCACGACAACAUCAUCUGUGGGAUCACCUCCGUGUCCUUCUCCAAGAGCGGGCGCCUCCUCCUCGCCGGCUACGAUGACUUCAACUGCAACGUCUGGGACGCGCUCAAAGCGGACAGGGCAGGGGUCUUGGCUGGGCAUGACAACCGUGUCAGCUGCCUGGGCGUGACUGACGAUGGCAUGGCCGUGGCGACGGGGUCCUGGGACAGCUUCCUGAAGAUCUGGAACUAACGCCGCAGCAGCGCCUGGAGGACCAGCCAGCCCUCGGAGCGCUCCAGAGGCAGCACACCCCGGCGGCCACGCUCACUCGACCCCCUGCACCCCUGAGGACCUCGGAAGGGCAGGGCCUCCUCCUCCUCCUCUCGCUGCUGAGCAAGAGCACAACUCCCGCGGAAGGGCCCCUGGCCGCAGCCGAAGCGCACGUUCCUUUCGGGACCAUCGUCUUCGUUUUCUUUUUUGUCUUGAAUGAAUUUUAAAAGGAAAUACUAUAAUAAAAAUGUUAACCAGAAGGUAAACUGGAGUGUAAUUGUGAAACAGACGCAGCUUUUCGCUAGUUUAUUUGAAUUUAGACCAGUGAUCCUGUUUUGUGACUUUCAUGCAAAACAAGUUGAGGACUUUUGUUUUCUCUUGUAGUAGUUUCUAAAUUCCAAGUCGUGUCUGUAGCAAGAUGUUGAGAACAUUCAUAUUUCCUUUUUAAAAUAUAUUCCUUUACGUUCAGUAGUGGAGCAAGGAGAGGCCAGUGCAGCCCCUCUGGGGCUGCUGUGUACAUUGAGUCCCGUGGUUUAUUUCCUGUCGCGCAGACACGGCACCGAGCAGACGUUCAGUCCAGUGCCGAGCACGUGCUGUGGACGUGCCGAGUCGAGUCGAGAGCCUUCCCCUUCUCCGGAAGUGCCCCAUCGGGCCCCCUGGCUGCCUUCCCGGCUACGGUUCAGUCUCACCCUGGGCGUCCCGGAGAAUUGGGAGGGAGCUCAAGCCCCCUGCCCCCCGCCCACGUUAGGACCCCCGUCUUCAAGAGAGAUGCCUGUCUUGUGCUUGGAUUGUCAGUUAACUAUUUGUGUAUGAAACACUGUACAAAUCAAUGUUUUGAAAAUAACGAUCUCAAACUUUCUAAGUUAAAUUUUUAAAACUUUGGUGGUUUGCCCUCCUGGGUGGGUUUGCUCUUAGAACCGCAUGCUGUAGAAACGCUCGGAGUGCACACAGGACCUGGUCCUUCAAUGUUUUCUUCUUUUAAGAAAUAACCUCUUUCACGGUGUCGCCACUGCAGCUCUGUCCAUUCCCUGCUGCCGCCUGGCGCACACGGGACGCGGCCAGCAGCCCUGCGCACUUGGUAGCCGAGAAGUCACUCCUUUCCAUUUAUUCUUGGGGAAAAAACAGUCCUGUUUGGAAUGACUGCUGUGGAUUCUGGGGCGGGAGGGAGAAGGGAAGGCAGGCCCUGCCCUGCCGCCUCCGUGGCCUGACUCCCUCCUGGGACAAGCAUUUUGCACGUCACUUCUGCCGUGCGCAGAUUUCUCGGGUUUUCUUUUCCAGCCACACGUUGGGCAGCAGCAUUCUGUUAACUCGGCCUCCCAGCGUGUCCCAAACUGCUCAUCCGUGGCAGCAGCUGAGGCUUCUCCGUCCCCCCUGCAGCACCCUGUGCGAAACCGGGCUCGGGCUGCAGCAGGGGGUGAUGGGAAGGCAGAGGACCCUCCUCUCUCUCUGUGUAAGACCUCCCUCGUAGCUCCCUCGGCACCUGUGUCCCUUCCGCCCUUUUGUAUUUGAUUCUAAAGUCAGUGUACUGCCAGGAAGCUGGAUGCCAGGUAGAUGCUCUAUUAAACUGUGCUGUUAUUUAAGAUGUAAUAAAGCAGUUUGACAGGA